UUGGAGGAGUCGAUCUAAGUGCGGUUAACAGGACAACGCAUCCAAAACGAGAGAGAAGAAGAGAGUGUGUUUGGGAUUCGGAGAAAAUGAAGACUGUACUUUCACCUUCAGCAUCUCCACCAACUUUUUCCUCUCCUACGUUUUCCAAAACCUACGCUUCCAAUUUCGCUGUUCUCUCUUCUUCUUCUUCUACCAAAUCCACACGCAUUGAACUUCCGUGCAGAGGGGCUUCACAGAAAACUGCACUUCGCUGCAACUGUAGCAUCUGGCCUGGUGGCCCUGCAUCUGGUGAUAGUGAUAGCAGCAGCAGAAGUAUUCUGGAUGCAUUUUUCUUGGGAAAAGCAGUAGCUGAAGCUCUAAACGAGCGCAUCGAGUCCACAGUUGGUGAGUUUUUGGGUGCAGUUGGGAGAUUGCAAGCUGAACAACAAAAGCAAGUGCAGGACUUUCAGGAUGAAGUGUUGGAGAGAGCCAAAAAAGCGAAGGAGAAAGCAACGCGUGAAGCUAUGGAGGCACAAGGACUCAUUUCCAAGUCUGCAGUGGAGACAAAAGUAACUGAUUCAGCUACUUCUAAUGCAUCAAAUUUUGCAACGGGUCCAUUAACUUCUGUUCAGUCCACUGAUGCCUCUGAAACAUAUAAUGGACGUGCCGAAGAGGAGGAACCUCCUUGGAGUUCAUCAAACGAUAACUGAUCCAUCCGUGUGUAUUUUGCUUUUUGACUGAUUUAUACUCAGUUUGCUUUAUGCCUUAAGUUUAAGCUUAAUUAAUUAUGAUUAUUGUAGCUAAUGAGAGUUAAUUAAGGAUAAGAAUGUUUAGUAAUAUAAUUUGACGAGAGUAGACAAAUUUGUAAAUGCUAGAAAAUUAAAGGACUGAGUUGCAAAUUUUU